GGGUGUCCGAUUCUGGAGAAUCCGCAUUUCAAAAUCCAUUCAAAUCUAAGGGGGUUGGGACACCCCUAGUUUGCCGGAAUAUACCUUUUCCUCUUACAAAGAGCAAAAAUUCGACCGGUCAGAUGAGAAAUUACAGUGCCGGGGCAAAGGAUGCUGCGUUGGUCGACGGCGAAAGUGUUCAGUCUGAGGUGUCACCCAUUGCCCCGGUCCGAGCCCGAGCCCCUUUUCUGGCUCCUUCAAAAACAUUUAAAAUCGAAAUCAAUCGCAUUGUGUAAAGAAAUCCACGCUUCCCUGCUCAAGUCCCACUCGGAUCACCUAUGCCACGUAUCGAACACCCUCUUGACUUUUUACUUAAAAUGUGGGGAUUUCUCCAGUGCACACCAUCUGUUCGACCACAUGCCUCACAAGAACGUCGUCACAUGGACGUCGUUGAUCUCAUCCUACAUUCGUCAGGGGGAUGCCGAAAAGGCACUGAAUUUGUUCAAAGAAAUGCUCCACCAGAAUCAGAAUCCAAAUGCGUACACAUUUUCAACCCUGCUCCGAGCUUGUACUAGUUGUUCCUUGAUUGAAUUGGGCAGGCAAGUGCACGGUCUAAUUCUUAAGCAUGGCCUUUCUCAGCAUGAGUAUACCGGAAGCGGUCUAGUAGAUUUCUACAAAAAGGUGACAUGCGACCUGAGUGAUGCAUCAUGUGUUUUCCGUAGACUAUCAGCGAGAGAUCUUGUUACGUGGAAUGUCAUCAUAUCUGGAUUCGCACAAUCUGGGGAUACCAGCAAGGUUUUGAGUCUAUAUGCAGAGAUGAGGGAGGUGGAUGAAUUGAUUCCAAAUGAUUUCACAAUAACAAGUUUGCUCAAAUGUUGUGUUUCCAUAGAAGAUGUGGAAAAAGUUCAUUGCCUUGCUCUGAGAUAUGGAUUUGAGGGCGACAUCGUAGUAGGAAGUGCUUUAGUGGAGGUAUAUGGGAAAUAUGGAGAUUUAUUUUCUGGAAACAAGAUUUUUUAUUCAAUGGAGGUUAAGGACGCGUUUGCUUGGAGUUCAAUAGUGACCUGUCAUAUAAGAGCAGGCUUAGGGAAACAAGCCGUUGUGUUAUUCAAAGAAAUGCUUUCACAAGGUGCAGGACCUGAUCAGCAUAUACUCUCAGGCACUUUAAGAGCCUGCGUAGAGAUCGGCAUUCUUGAAACAGGAAUUCAAAUGCAUACACAAACCAUAAAAAAUGGUUACCAAAAGGACUGUUUUGUUAACACUGGCCUCAUCAAUCUUUAUGCAGCUACGAACGGAAUAUCUGUGGUUGAAAAGUUGUUUAGAAGUUUGGAUAAUAGAGAUAUAGUGGUAUGGAACACAAUGAUUUCAUGUUAUGCAGAAUUGGAGGAAGAAGGGGCUUCUUCGUACUUAUGCAUAAGUCUCUUAAGAGAACUACUCACUCUAACUUAUAUUUUAUCUCCGGACGUAGCAACUUUUGUCACUGUUAUGAGUUCUUGCAGAAGUGUUUCAGACUUUCCUAUAGGAAUUCAGAUUCAUUGCUUGAUGAUAAAGAAUAGCCAAAUCUGCCAAGCACACAGGACUACCAUAGGUAAUGCACUCAUAAGAAUGUAUUCAAACUUCAAGGACAUAGAGAGUGCUCAGAAGGCCUUCAAUGCCAUUCUUCAUAAAGAUGAAGUCUCAUGGAGUUCACUUAUUGGAGCUUACCAACAGAAUGGUUUUGAUUUUAUAGUUCUUAAAAUCUUCAAAGAAAUGUUAGAAAAUGGUAUACCCCUAACGAAUUGCAGCCUUCCUUUAGCCGUUACCGCCUGUGGAAAGAUCUCAGCCAUUGAUAUAGGAAAACAGAUCCAUUGUCUUGUGUGUAAGUUAGGAUUCAACAAAGACAUCUUUGUGGGGAGCUCAGUCGUUGAUAUGUAUGCCAAAUGUGGGAACAUGGAGGGUUCAGAGAGGGCGUAUGAGGAAAAUGGAGAACCAAAUGAGGUGUUGUUCAACUCAUUAAUCUCUGGGUUUGCAAAGGAUGGCAAUGCAAUUAAAGCUGUUAAACUUUUCCAUGAAAUGGUAAAAAUGAGAUUGAUACCUAACCAUAUCACCUUCCUGUCAGUUCUAUCAGCGUGCAGUCAUGCAGGUCUUGUAGAAGAGAGUUUGUUUUUCUUCAAACUGAUGAAUCAAAGGUAUCAUGUGAAACCGGAAGCAGAACAUUUUGGAAGUUUGAUUGAUGUGCUGGGGCGUGUGGGGAGGCUUGAGGAAGCAUAUGAAAUGGUGGAGAAUGGGGGUGGGUGUGUUUUUGCCUGGAAGACGUUGAUGAAUGCUUGUAGAAAUUAUGAAAAUGUGAAGACAGCAGAAAAGUGUGCUCAGAGAGUAGUGGAAAUUGAUCCCAAUGAUCCUUCUCCGUACAUUCUUUUAUCCAAUAUGUACUCCCGAGAGGGGAGAUGGGAAGACGCAUCGAAGCUGAGGCAGAAAAUGGUGGAAAUCGGAAUGAAGAAGAAUGAAGCUGGAAGCAGUUGGUUGAUGAUGUAGGUAAAUUAGCAAUGAGGGACCCCCUCGUUGACCGAGUUUGACUUUGACUACGGCAACUCUCUAUUCUCUUUACAAAAUCACAUAGUAACAUCUAACCCAAGAACCAGUGCCGUUUUGUUUUAUACAAAAAGGACAAUACGUUUAGGCAGUACGGUUUAGUUGUGUAUUUAUUAUUUACGAUGGUAUAAUAAAUAUACCAUCGUAAAUAACUAAUUUUUAUUUACUUAUUUUUAUCUUUGGGUGGAUGGUUAAUAUCACUCUUUUGAACGAUGGUUUAUCAAUCAAUAUUGUCAAUAUAAUUAAAUGUAAUUCACUAUGUUCUCUUCUAAAAAAACGUUGCUAUUGCAU